UUACUACAUGAUUCCAUAUGUGUUCUUUCAUAGUUGUGAUGUCUUCACUAGUAUUCUACAAUGUAGAAAAUAGUACCAAUAAAGGAAACCCUUUAAUGAGUAGGUGUGUCCAAACUUUUGAUAAUGUACAUCUCAUAUAACUAAACUUUUUAUUCAAUAUGCACUACAUGACCAAAAGUAUGUGGAUACCUGCUCGUCGAACAUCUCAUUGCAAAAUCAUGGGCAUUAAUAUGGAGUUGCCCUUUGCUGCUAUAACAGCUUCCACUCUUCUGGGAAGGCUUUCCUCUAGAUGUUGGAACAUUGCUGUUGGGUCAAGGGCGUUACUGAGGUCGGGUACUAAUGUUGGGCAAUUAGGCAUAGCUCGCAGUUGGCGUUCCAAUUCAUCCCAAUGGUGUUCUAAGGGGUUGAGGUCAGCUCUCUGUGCAGGCCAGUCAAGUUCUUCCACACCUAUCUUGACAAACCAUUUCUGUAUGAGCCUCGGUUUGUGCACUGGAGUAUUGUCGUGCUGAAACAGGAAAGGGACUUAAGUUGGAUGCACAGAAUUGUCUAGAAUAUCAUUGUAUGCUGCAGUGUUAAGAUUUCCCUUCACUGGAACUAAGUUUCCUAGCCCAAACCAUGAAAAACAGCCCCAGGCCAUUAUUGCUGCACCAAACUUUACAGUUGGCACUAUUCAUUGGGGCUUUCUGCUGGCAUCUGCCAACCCCAGAUUUGUCAGAGGGACUGUCAGUAAAGUGUGAUUCAUUACUCCGGAGAACGAGUUUACACUGCUCCAGAGUCCAAUGAUGGAGAGCUUUACACUACUCCAGCCAACGAUUAGCAUUGCACAUGGUGAUCUUAGGCUUGUGUGCAGCUGCUCAGCCAUUGAAACACAUUUCAUGAACAGUUUUUCUGCUGGAGUUGCUUCCAGAGGCAGUUUGGAACUCGGUUGUGAGUGUUGCAACCCAGAACAGAUGAUUUUCACGCACUACACGCUUCAGCACUCGGUGGUCCCGUAGACGUUUCCACUUCACAAUAACAGCACUUGACCGGGGCAGCUCUAGCAGGGAAGAAAUUGGACAAAAUUACUUGUUGGAAAGGUGGCGUCUCUAUGAGGCGCUACAUUGAAAGAUCCUGAGCUCUUCUGUAAGGCCAUUCUGCUGCCGAUGUUUGUCUAUGGAGAUUUUAUACGCCAAUUUUAUACACCUGUCAGCAACAGGUAUGUGUGAAAUAGCCGAAUCCACUGAUUGAAAGGGUGUCCACAUACUUUUGUAUAUAUAGUGUAUUUUAGUACUGUUGCAAUUUUGUGUGUUGCAGGGACUCAUUGUAAUAUUUUGUCUACCAGUGUGUCAUUCGGUGUAUUACCAAUGAUAGACAUCUUAUAUACAUUUUACAGAACAAAUUGCCAAAUAUCUGGUAAGUUAUGUGUCAAAUGUACAGUUUUCAUUGGUUUACAAUUGUGGUGACAAUAAUACAUUGGUUUGCUUGCAGCCAACGGGGAGGCUGUGAUGUGCGUAAAUUGAUGACUUUGAGCAUUCAUAUUCCUGCUGGUCUUUGAAUGUGCUGUUGCUCAUGCCAGAUACCAAUAAUAUUUGUAGAUAUUUGCGUUUAUUCUCAAUACUUUCCUGCGACAGACCCGCUUGCUUUGGAGUCGUCGACGCCUCAACAGUUAACGGGAUGCCGGAGCAGUGACAAAUGGUCGGCUCAGGCUCCCCAUGAAUUCGCUUCUCAGGUGAAAGCACGACAGAAGACCGUUCAGCCGCAGUUGGCCUUCUGCUGGGGUGAAGGUGACUCGCUUCGCCGCUGAGGAGAGAGAUGCAGAGAAGAAACUGCGAGCCGUCCACUACUUGCUGUCGUCCUGCAAGCUGAACAUACGAAUAUUAUAGAUAGGCUGGCCGUGGGAUUUUAUCAGUGACUGUGUAUGCAUGUGUUCUGCACCGAACGGGCGCAUUAACCGCCCCAGAUCCGCAGCGAACAUUUUCCAGCUCGGCAAACCACCGCAGAGGGACCCCGAGCGCCGGGAGAGCACCGAGAGCGCGCGGAAAGCCCAGCGGGCCGUAGGCGACUGUAGGAUGACUGUCCAAGAAUUCAACACUCUUGUGGCGCUGUACCGAGAACAGGUCAUCUCUAUUGGGGAGAUUUCUGCCGAUUGUCCCUCUUUACGGGGCGUGUUGCACCGUACCAGGACCAAAGGAUGCGCUAUGGCCCAAGCUGCCCAUCAGAACCUCACCGUGAUAUCUGGGUCUGGGCCAGAGGAUGGGGAGAUCCACCCAGAGAUAUGCCGGCUCUUCAUCCAGCUGCAGUGCUGCCUGGAGAUGUUCAUCACGGAGAUGCUCAAAUCCAUGUGCCUAUUGGGGGUACUGCAGCUCCACAGGAAAGGAAAGGAUUCAUACCCGGAGCCCAGGCUGGACUUCAAGAUGGAUGAGAGUUCUGAUGUACCCAUCCUGGAGGAGCGCUCCUCCUCACCUGUGGACUACCAACACGAGUCCUGGCUGGUGUGCACCGAUAUUGAAAACAUAGAGAGGGACAUGCGAGAGAUGAGAAACCUACUCAGCAAACUUAGGGAGACCAUGCCUUUACCACUAAAAAACCAAGAUGACAGCAGUCUUCUGAAUCUCACUCAAUACCCACUAGUCAGGCAGAGGAAGAGGCGCUUCUCUGGGUUCUGCUGCCUGGUGUCUGGCUGAGUCAGUCGGGUCCUGCAGGCAGCAGCAAGGGCAGCACACCAACCCUACACAACACCUUACAUGUUAUUACUGCCAUUUGGGGAAGGAACUUUCUGAUCAGUCUGUCUUUAUUUUGUAAUAUGAUUAUAUGUAGAAAAAGCUAUUCAAAUAUAAUGUUACAAACAUGCAUAUUUUGCUAUUAUAUUAUUCAAGCUGUCUCUCUUUGUAGAAAAGGAGGACCCUUAGGUCUAUAGACGAGCACAAACAGAUGUGCCAAACUGAUGCCAUGAGAGAUGCAUUAUGUUGGUAGACAGCUUUGCCUAAUCUUUGCCUUCAGACAUCUUCCUCAGAAUGUCAUUAUAUUUCUUCACUGUGCGAUGCUUCUUUUGCAGUCUUCCAUGAAAAGGAAAUCUGUCUCCAACUUACUUUUUCCAUCACAAGGGCUUUGCAAUGCUCCAUAUCAAAAACACUUCUCAUUUCAUGUAAAUACAGUAUAUAAAUGGUGGUAAAUGUUUUGUAUGAAACUUUCUUUGAAUAAUGUAACUAUAGAUUAUCUAAAGAUUGAAUGUCUACAUCGUUUGCUUUGAUUUAUUUAGAUGUCUUGGCCGAAAGUGUACAGCAUGAAUAUUGCUAUUUGUACUGUAGUUGAUGUAUAGAUGUUGUGCUAUAGAUUGUUGUACGGCUGACAGUAUGUAUAGGCCAUUUUAUAAUGUGAAUAAACUUUUU